UUUGAUGACGGGUUGGCUACAUUACCUUAGCAUUUUUAUAUUAAUCGUGUUUUGAAUUAAAUAAAACAUGGCCACGGCAGAAACUCAAAUUAGUGUAAAUACAAAUUUGCAGAAGCAGGACCUUAGUAAUUUGGAAAUCAGUAACUUAACACCCCUCUCGCCGGAAGUCAUCUCGCGCCAGGCCACAAUCAACAUUGGAACCAUUGGCCAUGUAGCGCACGGCAAAUCAACUGUUGUUAAAGCCAUAUCUGGGGUGCAGACGGUCCGUUUUAAAAAUGAAUUGGAGCGCAAUAUUACGAUUAAACUCGAACGCUUAAGCCAAAAGAAAAUAGAAAAGCUGUUACAAUCGAAGCGCCUGCGGAGAAAAUACGAAACGCAGCAACUACAGCAUAUCAAGCGAUUGAGAGAGAACCGACUGCUUCGUGCAAAAGCAAAUAACCUAAAGCUCGUAUUAAGGGAACCAAUCAUGGAAUUUUCUUCAAAUCACACUAAAACCAUGGAGCGAGAACUGAGAGCAAGACGCAGCACUAGUCAAACGUCAUUGAGUCCCAGUCACAGCAGUGGGUACGGCAGCGUCCUUGGAUGUGAUGAAAACGAUGCUUUACCAGCAUUCAAAAGUAUUGGUGAUAGCACCUCGAACAAACGGCGGCGUAGCACUUUAAAUCUGCAAGUGCCCUACUCUAAGCGCAGUAAGAACAAUAACGGUGAAAUUAAGAAACCACCGAAAGGCGAAUACAUUGUCGAAUCAAUAGAAUGUGUAGAAUCCGUUAAUGCCCAGCCUGUUUUCUUUGUCAAAUGGCUAGGCUAUAGCACUGAUGCCAACACUUGGGAAUCGUAUCAGAAUCUAGUUGAUUGCCAACAAAUGGAGCAGUUUGUUGAAGAUAAACUUCAUUAUUAUGAAAAACAUGUUGCACAAGUCACCACCGAAUUGGAAUCCCAACUGAAUGACGAAGCUCCUAUUUGUGAACCAUCCAAAUUGGAUGCCUAUGAUCCCUUAGAGUUGCAAUUAGAUAUUGUAUUGUUGGCCCAAUUUCGAGCCGCAAGUAGCCGCAGCCAGGUAGAAGUUCAAAAGAUAAGAGAUCGUGCCAGUUAUCGCAUGCGCCUGCAGCGUGGUUCCUACGAUCGAAAAAAGCAGAUCCUGGCACUGCGACAAUUUGAGAAUCGCAUGAAUGACGUCGAAGGGUCGGCACCGCCCAUUCGUGUGGAGAACAAUGUCGAUCUGGACACUAUUGAUAGCAACUUCAUUUACAUUCACGAGAGCAUCAUUGGCAAAGAUGUUCCAACGCCCUCUAUUGGUUUGCUAGGCUGUAAAUGUGAGACUGGGGAGGAUGGCGCCCAAUGCGCACCGAUGACACGGUGUUGCGCACGCCUGGCCGGAGAACUUUUCGCUUAUGAGAAGUCCACGCGACGAUUGCGCCUGCAACCUGGUAGUGCCAUCUACGAAUGCAAUAGUCGCUGCUCCUGCGAUGCCAGUUGCGCCAAUCGUCUUGUGCAGAACGGACGCAAAAUAGAAUUAGUACUCUUCAAGACAUCAAAUGGGCGUGGCUGGGGUGUCCGUACGCCACAAGCCUUACGAAAGGGAGAGUUCGUGUGCGAGUAUGUAGGCGAGAUUAUCACCACUGAAGAGGCAAACGAGCGUGGCAAAGCCUAUGACGACAAAGGCCGCACAUAUCUCUUUGAUUUGGACUAUAACACGGCGGCAGAGAGCGAGUAUACCAUUGAUGCAGCAGCCUAUGGCAAUGUAUCGCAUUUCAUCAACCAUUCAUGUGAUCCUAACCUAGCCGUUUUUCCUUGCUGGAUUGAACAUUUGAAUGUUUCGCUUCCACAUCUCGUCUUUUUCACGCUGCGCCCCAUUAAAGCAGGCGAGGAGUUGUGUUUUGACUAUAUACGUGCCGAUAGUGAAGCCGCGCCGUAUGAGAAUCUGAACACAGAGGCUCGAGUCGAAUGUCGUUGUGAGGCAGCCAACUGUCGGAAGGUGUUAUUUUAAACUGCAUGGGCUGACUUUUUUUUUUUUUAAUUAAUUUUUUGUAUAUAUAGUAACUUGUUUUCUGCCUUACACAAGUAAUUGGCGGCAAAUCAUAACCGCAAUAGGUAUUUGAAACACAGAACUCAUAAAAAUUGGGCUGUAGAAGGGCGAAAGUUGUGCCUAAAUACUUAUGAAAUCGCAGAUGCGAAGGUUAAUAAAUUUCUACUUAUACUUAAAAACGAUAUGAACAAGCAAGCUCUUGUUAAAGCUUUUGCAAAGAUCUAUGUAUGUGUAAUUCACUUUAAUGAAAGACCUCAACUGUUAAAUGGACUCUUAUUGUGUUUUUAGCAAAACCAAACUAAUUUCUAUAAUUUAUUGAAGUUUUAGCCGUUAACCACUUUGGCAAUAAUUAUGUUAAGCAAUAUGUAGCACAUAUGCAUGCAAU